AUGGUAAGUCCUCUCUCAAACCAGAACUUGAUAUCGGAGAUCAAUAAUGAGCAGCAGGCAGCCUAUAGAGCUGAGGAGAGCUUCUGGAAGCAGAGAAGUAGGCAGUUGUGGCUAGCCCUAGGCGACAAGAAUACAGAGUAUUUCCAUGCGGCUGCAAAGGGGAGGAAAACAAUAAAUAAGUUCUCAGUCAUUGUGGAUGAGGAGAAUAAUGUUGUGUAUGAAGAGGAGAAAAUAACGAAAGUCAUCACGGAUUUCUACACAGACCUCUUUACAUCUCAAGAGGGAGAGUGCCAUGAAACGGUCUGGAAAGCCUUGGAACCACGUAUAACAGAGGAGAUGAACGAGAAACUUACACAGACACCGACAGCAGAGGAAGUCAGAGAAGCUUGCUUCUCAAUCCACCCAGGGAAAGCCCCAGGACCGGAUGGGUUCUCGGCGUGUUUCUUCCAAUCGAAUUGGAGUGUAGUAAAGGAAAAGGUCACGGCGGAGAUACAAGAGUUCUUCACAUCAAGAACCCUGCCCUUGCACAUCAAUGCUACGCAUGUGAGACUCAUACCGAAGAUCACUAGUCCAAAAAGGGUGGCAGACUACAGACCAAUAGCGUUAUGCAAUGUCUACUUCAAAAUUAUCUCGAAGAUACUUACACUAAGGCUUCAACCGGUGCUAAAUGAGAUCGUGACGGAGAACCAGUCGGCGUUUGUCCCACAGAGAGCAAUCUCAGAUAAUGUUCUCAUCACACACGAGACGCUACUCUACCUGAAAACGUCAAAAGCAAAGGUUAGAUGCUAUAUGGCGGUGAAGACCGAUAUGAGCAAAGCGUAUGAUCGAAUAGAGUGGAACUUUGUAAAAAAGAUCAUGGAAAGGCUAGGCUUCAGUACUAAAUGGAUCCAAUGGAUCAUGCAAUGCCUCACUACAGUUACCUACUGUUACCUGAUAAAUGGCUCAGCACAAGGACAUGUGACACCAAGUCGAGGAUUGAGACAAGGAGACCCACUCUCACCCUACGUUUUCAUACUCUGUAGUGAGGUGUUGUCAGGCUUAUGCAACAAAGCUCAACAAGAAGGGACGUUACCGGGAAUUAGAGUUGCAACGCGAAGCCCGAGGGUAAAUCAUCUUCUUUUUGCGGAUGAUACAAUGUUCUUCUGUAGAUCAGACACCAAGAGUUGCAUCGAGCUCAUGAAGAUUAUACACAAGUAUGAAGCAGCCUCUGGCCAAAAGAUAAACAAAGCCAAAUCAGCAAUCACCUUCUCCUCAAAGACAAACAAUACGGUGAAAAGGGACGCAAAAGCUAUACUCGGGAUUCAGAAAGAAGGAGGUCUAGGGAAAUAUCUCGGUUUACUUGAACACUUUGGCAGGAAGAAGAAAGAUUUGGUCAGCCUGAUUGUCGAUAGAAUUAGACAAAAAGCUCACAGUUGGACGUCGCGACAGCUCUCACAAGCGGGAAGGCUUAUCAUGCUCAAGUCGGUGCUUGCAGCUAUGCCCACGUACACCAUGACAUGCUUCAAACUGCCUGCAUCAAUGUACAAACGCAUACAAUCGGCUUUGACGAGAUUCUGGUGGGAUGGAAAUGAAGAAAACAAGAAGAUGUGUUGGAUCUCGUGGACAAAAAUGGUGAAAUCAAAACGUGAUGGAGGGUUAGGGUUCAGAGACUUACAACACUUUAACGACGCCCUACUCGCCAAACUGAGCUGGCGGAUCCUCACCAAGCCCUCAUGUCUGUUGGCACGAGUACUCCUCAACAAAUACUGUCAUGAGACGGACUUCUUGGAGUGUGAGGUAUCAUCAACGGCCUCGCAUGGAUGGAGAGGCUUAUGUAUAGGCAGAGAUGUGCUAAAAGCAAACCUGGGUAAAGCCAUAGGUGACGGAGAAUCAAGAAGCUUCUGGAGAGAACCGUGGCUAUCGCUUGACCAACAAUGCAGACCUCUAGGACCACCGACCGAAAGUACACAGGACCUCUCCGUAGCAAGCCUGAUAGAACCUGAAACGGGAGAGUGCGAUAAGGAGAAAAUCAGACAAAUCUUGCCAGUACAUGAAGCCCAGAUCCUAGAGCUACAUCCAAGCAAAAGGGGAGGGAUAGAUAAGAUCAUUUGGGUUCACACGGAGGAUGGAACCUACACAGCUAAAUCAGGAUACUAUGAAAGACUAAAGGCGGAGGAUGAGCUAAAUAUGAUGGAACCUCAACCAGAACCGGAGGGACACCAAGACCAUCUACUGACAAACCUCAAGUGGAAUGAGGAGAUUUGGAAAGUACACACAGGCCAGAAGCCAAAAAAAUUUAUGUGGAAAGCUAUGAGGGAGGCCUUAGCGGUUGGAGAAAACCUGAGAAGCAGAAACAUCAACACCACCGCCAGAUGCCCGCAUUGCGGAGAAGAGGAGACAACGGCACACCUCCUUUUCCGAUGCGAUUUUGCUCAACAAGACUUGUUCCCUGCACUCAAAUCUUUGAAUCACAAAACAUUCAAACCACAGGGAAUGGACUAG